UGGAUCUCUGCUGAUCGUCGGACGCUCAGCCGGACACAUUUAGCAGCAGCAGGAGAAUCCGUGUGUCAGUCGGGCACCGUGACAGAGAGUUACUCUCCUGCUCCAUCGAACAAGCGUCGCUCUGUGAGCUGCCACACAACGACCAGCAUGGACAUUUCUCUGGAGGACGACGGCCGCACCUCGUCUCCCAACGUCGAGUAUAAAGGAGCUCAUCAAGCCUUCAGGGAUCGGUGGAAGGGGACGGACGACACCAUGUGUCGCCACAGCAUGUCCUUCCACCUGCACCACACACUGAGGAGCGAGUUCUUCGCCAGCUACCUGUACCUGCUGGAGAAGACUCCUCUGGUGAAGCUCUUCCCGGUCACCUGCGAGUACAUCAAGGGGGAGAAACAGUUCUACUACCGAGCUCAGCAGUUCUACGAGGACACGCCGGCCUCGGAGGAGGGCAUGAUGGGAGAUUUUGUGGAGAUAUCCAACGUUGAUCUGGAGGGGUCCAGGCAGUUUCUGAAGAGGUUUGUGGGUCCAGGUGGGGCCGGAACACACUGCGCCCUGGACUGCGGCUCCGGGAUCGGGCGCGUGACCAAAGGCGUCCUCCUUCCUGUGUUUGAGAAAAUGGAAAUGGCGGACAUGAUGGAGCACUUCCUGCUCCACGCACACGAGGAGUACCUGGGCGACGACGCCGACCGCAUCGAGACGUACUACUGCUACAACCUGCAAGAGUUCACGCCUCCGAAGAACAAGUACGACGUCAUCUGGAUGCAGUGGGUGGCGUGUCACCUGACAGACAAGGACCUGAUGAACUUCCUGUUUCGCUGUAAAAAGAGCCUGCGUCCGAACGGCGUCAUCAUAAUGAAGGACAAUAUGGCGCGGCAGGGCUGCAAGCUGGACCCCAUCGACAGCAGCAUCAGCCGCCACCUGGACAUCAUGAAGAGCAUCAUCGCCAAGGCCGGCCUGGAGGUGCUGGACGUGGAGAUGCAGGAAGGAUUCCCUGAAGUCAUCAUGCCCGUCUGGAUGGUCGCCAUGAAAUAGACAUUAUGCUGUUAAAGUUUCACAUUGUUGUUUCUCAAAAACCAGGAGCAAAAUCCAGCCUAAAGCAGAAUUCACAUGUUAUUCCAGUUCUGCUAAAGUCUUUAAGAUUCGUGAUUGAUUCUCUAAAACCUACAACAACACAGCGAGAACUCCUCACGUCAUCAGGAGAUAAAUCCUUAAACGGCAGCGUGGACGGGGAGAUGACACCCGGCGUGACUUUAUGGAGACAGGAGCCUCUUUCCUGCUCCGCACUGACAUGAAAUAAAGCUUCAGUGGAACAUUAAACCUCCACAGAAGCACUCUGUGUGUCCACAAAGACACUCUGUGAUUUACUGUCCACCAACCACCACCAGGUUCUGGAGCCCGACGACAUCAAACGUCGGAGCCUCAAUUCUCUGUGGGAGAAGUUUGUUCCUGUCGGAGGAUCAUUGGAAUAACAUGUGAAUUUAGAUUUACCGUUGGGUUUGUCCUCCCACUGAAACAUGUUGCACUGCGGCGUGUCAGUAGCGUGUCAUAGAGGGCUGGAUUUAAACCGUUGUGCGGAAUUAACAUGUGAUCUGCAUGUACAUAUUUCAUGUGGACGAUGACGUGUGGCCUUUGCAGAGAGAGAGCGUCUCGAUCUGCAGAGUGAGGGUCAUGUGACAUGGAGACAAACUGACGCUGUGAUGUCGAGUCGUUGGGUUUGAAGUUUGAAAGAUCAGCUUCAGGCCUCAGGCGACGUGAGAACCUGCCGAUGGCACAAACUCACAAACUGUGUUGAAGAAUCUGAGUCAGAUCCUCACAACCCCCGAAAUCAAAAUCCAAGAUGGCUGCUGCACGCGUUAACACAGAGACUGUAAAUAAAGAAGAAUCUCCACUUCCACCUGUUGUACAAACGGGAAGAUAAAAUAUAUCUCGGGUACAAACGCUGGCUUCUUGAGCCCUGACGUGUUUCACAGUCGGAGUCCGUGCAGCAGCGACGGUGGAGCUGUGGUGUCUGUGUUUCCUGAUCCAGAUGAAACGUCCACAGACCAAGUGUUGAAAACAAGAGGCAGCUUCAGUGUGUUGCUUUCCACUGCAGGAGAUCAGCUUCUUCUCACAGCCUGCGAGUCACAGGUGUAAAUAUGAAUUCAGUUUUCAUGUAACACUGUGUUUUAUACUUUGCUUGUAACAUUGCAUUUUUAUAUGGACUUCUCUUGUGUAGUGUGAACAUGUAGAACUGUGCUGCUUCACUUCCCUGAACAACACUGAAGUUUCACUGUGUUUCUAAAACUCUGAAAGCAUGUG